AUGGAGUCUCGGGACCCCGGCCGCGGUGAGCGCGCGCGGACGGAGAUGGAGCCGCAGCCGCCCCCGCUGCAGCCGCCUUGGGGUCCCCCCUUGGAGGCUCGCGCGUCACGAGCGGUUCGAGAACUUGUCCUGGACAAUUGCAAAUCAAAUGAUGGAAAAAUUGAGGGCUUAACGGAUGAAUUUGUGAAUUUAGAAUUACUUAGUUUAAUAAAUGUAUGCUUGAUUUCAGUUUCAAAUCUCCCCAAGCUACCUAAAUUGAAAAAGCUUGAGCUCAGUGAAAAUAAGGUGUUUGGAGGUCUGGACAUGUUAGCAGAAAAACUUCCAAAUCUUACGCAUCUAAAUUUAAGUGGAAAUAAGCUGAAAGAUAUCAGCACCUUAGAACCUUUGAAAAAGUUGGGAUAUCUGAGAAGCCUGGAUCUGUUUAACUGUGAAGUUACUUACCUGAAUGACUACCGAGAGAGUGUCUUCAAGCUCUUGCCCCAGCUGACCUACCUGGAUGGCUAUGACCGAGAUGAUAGAGAAGCUCCUGAUUCAGACACUGAGGUAGACGGUGCAGAUGAAGAGGAGGAGGAUGAAGAAGGAGAAGAUGAGGAGGAUGAAGAGGAUGAGGAUGGUGAGGAAGAAGAGUUUGAUGAUGAAGAUGAUGAAGAUGAAGAUGUAGAAGGGGAAGAAGAUGAAGAUGAAGUCAGUGGAGAGGAAGAAGAUUUUGGCCAGGAUGGAGAAGUUGAUGAAGAUGAUGAGGAUGAAGAUGAGGAUGAGGAUGAGGAUGAAGAGGAAGAGGAGGAAGAAAGCGGGAAAGGUGAAAAGAGGAAGAGAGAAACAGAUGAUGAAGGAGAAGAUGAUUAAGACCCUAUCUAAACUGCAAAAACAGAACUGUUCAGUAUUGGUUGGACUGCUCUCAUGGAUUUUUGGUAGCUGUUUAAAAAAAAAAAGUAGCUGUGAUCAAAAAAUAAUAAAAAAAAAUUUAAACACCCAGAUACCCACCCACCCAAAGAGCCAAAGAAUAGUUCCUGUGACAUUCCGCCUUCCUUCACUUAGACCCUCUUGGAAAUCCACAGCCAGGUUUGGGGAUUUCAUCCCAACAAAAUUGUCAUAAGCGUUGUUAGGUUUUGUGUAAUAUUCUUUCUGUAACAUGGCUAGCUGUGUGUAUGGAGCAUCCACCCAUGGCUGCCAGUUACAUGGAGAUAGGAACGGCAUUUUUACUUUCUGUACAACAAAAAAAGCUUUGUAAAUAAAAUCUUAACAUUUUGAAAAAAAAAAAAAA